UGCGAACCGAUUUCUCGAUCGUUUAUUAUCGAUUUUCAACUUGAAGCGCAACUUGAAGGAUUUUCCCAGAUUGAUGACACCUUUAAAAGACGAAGACAAAUAACAAUAAAAAUCCUCAACUUCUGAAAUAAUGAAUUGCAGUUCAUUUAUUGCAUCCUGAAAGUUUAGUUUCCAAGAAGAGAACCAAAGAUAAAGAAAGAUGAAAUCUUACACACUUUUAAUAUUGUGCGUUGGAGUUUUAUUGGUCAUAGGGGUCAAUAGCCAGCAAUGUAGAAACCAAGGAGGACGGUGUCGCAGUGACCAAGAAUGCUGUCGGGGACUUCGAUGCAAUAAUAGAAGUUGCGAGAGACGAAACGGAGGUGGAGGUGGUAACAAUGGUGGUAACAAUGGGGGUAAUAAUGGUGGUAACAAUGGCGGUAACAAUGGCGGUAACAAUGGUGGUAAUAAUGGUGGUGAUCGCGAUUGCAGAAGAGAAGGCCAACGAUGCCGGGAAGAUCGGGAAUGCUGCAGAAAUUUGAGAUGCAAUCAAAGGAAUAGAAAUUGUGAGCGACGAAGGAACAAUUAAAAAUUCUUCCUUGUACACUAAAAACAGAGUGAAUUCAAAGAUCUCGAGUGGCC